AUGUCCUGCUACGACUUGUGCCUGCCCUCCUCUUGUGGUCCCCGGCCACUGGCCACCAGCUGCAACCAGCCCUGCUUCCGCCGCUGUGGGGACUCCACUGCCGUCAUCCAGCCCCCUACUGUUGUGGUCACCCUGCCCGGGCCCAUCCUCAGCUCUUACCCGCAAAAUACGACGGUGGGGUCCACAGCGUCGGCGGCAAUUGGGAGCUACCUCCGGUGCUGUGGGGUUCCCGUGGCCUCUGGCAGUUCUCGGGGGCUUGGGAAGGCAGGACUGCUGUGCUUGGGCAGCGGACUGUAG